GGCUAGACCGUAAAUUUGCUGUACUCCCUUGCCAGCCUAAUCGUUAUUUUGUUUUCAGCUCCGUCUCGAGAGUCGAAACCGAGAGAGAGAGAGAGAGAGAGAGAUGACGACGAUACGCAGGUUUUGCUGCAACGAUCUUCUCCAAUUCGCUUCUGUAAAUCUAGACCACCUAACUGAAACCUUCAACAUGUCCUUCUACAUGACCUAUUUAGCAAGAUGGCCUGACUAUUUCCAUGUCGCCGAAGGCCCCGGAAGCCGAGUCAUGGGUUACAUUAUGGGAAAAGUUGAAGGGCAAGGUGAGUCUUGGCAUGGUCAUGUAACUGCCGUAACUGUUGCUCCGGAAUAUCGAAGGCAGCAAUUAGCCAAGAAAUUGAUGAACCUGCUAGAAGAGAUCAGUGACAAGAUUGACAAGGCUUACUUUGUGGAUCUUUUUGUAAGAGCAUCAAACACACCAGCAAUAAAGAUGUAUGAAAAGCUUGGGUAUGUAAUCUAUAGACGGGUACUACGUUAUUAUUCCGGCGAGGAAGACGGGCUGGAUAUGAGGAAAGCAUUAUCUCAGGAUGUUGAGAAAAAGUCUGUCAUCCCCCUUAAGCGGCCGAUUACUCCCGAUGAAUUAGAGUAUGAUUAGAUCUGCGUUCUAUGGAAUUUCUGCCACCUAAUUAAAUGGUUAUUCAUUACCAUGUUGUGUUUGAGACUUUUCUUGACGUGGUGGUUAGGCAUCCUAGAUUGGUUUUAGAAUCUUAUUUCGAGAUAUGAUUUCGGAAAUCUGCUGAUACAAUUUGUCCAGUACCGUAACUAAAGUUUUGUAGUUCUUGUACCCUUAGUACCUCUUUCUCAUGCCCAAAAAAGAUUAUUACCUCUUCGUUUUGUGAAUGAGUAGUUUGCAUUUUCAUCCAA